AUGGUGACCAACAUAACGAUAUUACUCAUAUUUGUCACUCUGACAUCCGUUACAUGUCAGACGUUCCAGUAUUCCCGUGGCUGGACCAAUGGCAAGAGAGAUUCACAUAAACGAAGCGGAGAGGAGGGAGAUAUCUCUGGUAAUCUAGAGAGGAUCUUAAGUCCUUGUCAGUUGACGAAACUCAAGUAUUUGUUGGAAGGACAGCGGCUUAAGAGUUUAUUCGCCCCUUGCGAUUAUAUGGAAGAUGAAGACCAACCGAAGCGGUAUAAAAACGACCGCAACUCAGACAUGAUGGACGCUUUCCAGUAACCGAUCUGCAGCCGUUUUAUUUGAUGACCUCCGUUUUAACGUACUAGAUGUUAGCGCGCUAAGGGACUGUGAUGCCCCGAUUCUAUUUUCGAAUUAUUUAUUUUGAAGUAGACCAGGUGCUUUCGUUUUAAAAAAGAUUAAAAUCUAUAGCAAUAGUUUGCUGUUAAAACAUAAGGAAAUUCUUUGUAAUAAUUUAUUUAGAUAGGUUGUAACUUUAAUAAAAAUGAUAAGUACUU